AUACGAUGAGGCAGAAAAAUUCCGAUCGCUCUAUCUUCAUUUCUUUCGCCCGAUUUGGGGUGCGAUACGACGGGCAUCAUCAGCUUUUACAACCGUGCAAAUACGACGAGAAUGGUGACCAAACCACACCAAUGGUCGUAUAGCACCUUAUCUCUAAGGCUUCUCUACGACCAGCUUAGACCAUGUGCCCCAAUAUGAAUCCUUGUACCUUAAAAAGCGUCCUGUAUCACUUUUCUUUGAACAAAACAUCUUCAAUUGGAUCAGAGACAAACAUACUAUGACUUUAGACAAGAGAAGACUGCUCGUUGGUGUUGACGUUGGAGGCACCAACUCCGAUCUCGUUGUGCUCGACCCUUCAAGGCUUGAAGAGGAGGACAGAGGUGUCAUCGCAUGGCACAAAUCUGUGACAACGCCUGAUGUAUCCGUUGGUAUUGAGAAGAGUAUCCAAACGGUCUUGGAGAACCCAGCACAUGGUAUUCGGAAAGAUGAAAUCGUUUCCGUGACCAUUGGAACGACUCAUUUCAUCAACGCUGUUAUUGAAAGAGACUCCAAUAGGCUGGAGAAGGUUGCUGUUAUAAGACUCUCAGGGCCUUUUGGUAGAUCAUUACCACCUUUCGGUGACUUCCCUGAGGAUCUGGCGAAUGUCAUCAACGGUUACCAUGCCUUCUUGGAUGGUGGCUCUAAAGUUGACGGUGAGGACAUCAGACCACUAGACGAGGCCGGCUUGAUUGAACACUGCUCGCGUAUAGGCAAGUUGGGCAUUUCAGCUAUUGCAGUCGUUGGAACAUUUGCCAAUAUGAAUCCAGCACAUGAGUUGAGGGCCAGGGAAAUCAUCAAAGAACAGCUCCCAGAGUGCGAUGUUGUUCUCUCACAUCAAAUCUCAGGUAUCGGGUUUGUCGAGCGUGAGAAUGCCACCGUACUCAAUGCUUCGAUUAAGAAGUUUGGUAGAAAGAUCAUCAAGUCCUUUGUCCAUGCUACGAAAAAGAUUGGUCUGAACUGUAUCGUUUUGCUCUCACAGAAUGAUGGUACUGUCUUGUCUGUGAAAGAUGCCUUGGAGGCUCCUAUCAGGACGUUCUCUUCAGGUGCCACCAAUUCGAUGAGAGGAGCUGCUAUCUUGUGCUCAAAUGACCCAGACGUUAAAGGAAAGCAAGUUAUGGUCUGUGAUGUCGGUGGCACCACAACAGAUGUUGGUCAAUUACUUCCUUCUGGGUUCCCACGACAAUCAUCCAUGUACUCCUACGCUGGAGGAGUGAAAAUGAACUUCUCCAUGCCUCACGUUGAAUCUAUUGGCCUGGGUGGUGGUUCCAUCGUGAGAUUUGAUGGCGAUUCCCUCUCUGUUGGACCAGACUCCACAGGUGCUGAUAUUAUCACUAAAUCUAUUCUAUUUGGUGGUGAUACUAUCACCACCUCAGAUUUGACACUCGCAAAGUAUGUGGAUGAUCAUGGCGUCGAAUUAUUGCCUGCUACCAUGACCAUGGGUGAUCCGCAGAAAGUCCUAGGUCUAUUUGGAGAAGAUAUGAAACAGAAGUACUCCGAUGUUGUCAAAAGACUUCUGGAAAAGGUCAUUGAUCGUAUGAAGACCUCCAAGGAUCCACUUCCAGUUAUUUUUGUCGGUGGUGGCUCCUUCAUUGCUCCUGAGGUGUUGGAAGGAGCAUCUAAGGUUAUCAAACCACCAUAUUUCCAAGUUGCAAAUGCCAUCGGUGCAGCUUUGGGUAAAAUCUCUGCAACUGUCUCUGAGAUUAGAGCAAUCCAAGACACAGAGGAAGCAAAGAAGAACGUCAUUGAAGAACUGAAGACAAAGGCUUCCUCUAUGGCAGUAUCUCGUGGAGCAUUAGAGUCCUCCAUAACUGUUGCAAAUGUGGUCUCUGAUGCGGUUCCAUACUUGUCAAACAUCUAUCUCUUCGAGGUGAAAGUCGUCGGUGAUGUCGACUAUGACUCAGAUCUGCUUGUAGGUCCUGUUGACAAUAUAUUUGUUGGUGACGAGGAGGAAUACAUUCCCGAAGAAGUGUUCAAAUGUGCCUCAGCAUACAAGAAGGAAAAGAUCGACAUUGACUACAACUCCUAUAGACCUACCAUAUGUGACCAUGUGUGGACCCUGAGUGAGGUUGAUAUUGACUUCAUUGGCUGUGGUGCGUAUAUUCUUGGCUGUGGAGGUGGUGGUGAUCCAAACAGUUCUGUCAUUGAGCUAAAGAAUCUUAUCAAGAAUGGUGCAAAGAUUACUGUUGUGACAUUGGAUAAAUUCGAAGAGAUGACAGGAGGUGAAGGAAGAGCAGCAAAGGUUGCUUACUACGGAUCACCAACUGUUUCUGGUGAGAGGUUGCACGCUGACGAAAUCCUGGAGUGCUUGGAUAUCAUUGAGAAGUACGAAGGAAAAUGUAUUGAUGGUAUCUUCAACUUUGAAGUCGGUGGUGCUAAUGGCUUGUGUGGCUUGUGGGCAGCGUACCAGCAAGGCAUCCCAUUCAUUGAUAUGGAUUCGUUAGGAAGAGCCUAUCCAACCAUCUGGCAAUCUUUGACCUCAGUUGUGCAUGAUGGAAAGGGUUAUCCAUACACAUCGUUGUCGAAUGGUAAUGGCUUACAACUGAUCGUCACGUCCUCGGUAUGCGACUCGCAAAUGGAGAACGUCUUACGUGAUGUCCUGUAUCACCAAGGUGUCCAUGGUGCCUGUGUGAUGCCAACUUUGAACAUCGCAGCAGCAAGGGCUGAAACUGCCAUUGACACUAUCUCGCUGUCUUGGAGAAUUGGUCGUGCUGUGUUCCAGGCAAGAACCAACUCUGAUCUGGACAACCUCGUUCCAAGAAUCACAGCAGCUGUUGGAGCAUCAUCAACAGCCUGUCUUUUCAAAGGAAAGAUUGUUAGUGUUGAGAAAAUCCUCAAAAGAGGCUAUGGCUAUGGUAUUGUUGAGCUGGAAGGGCUGGAUAAGCAUCACAACUCUAGAAUCAAGAUCCCGUUCAAGAAUGAGAACAUUGUUGUCUACAAAGUUGAAGAUGAUGGUAGUCAAAGCUUACUGUGCUCCGUUCCAGAUUUGAUUACCCUUGUCGACUUGGAUGGUAACGCAAUUGGCACACAGGAUUAUAGGUAUGGACUGAUUGUCUACGUGAUGGCAUUUUCACCUGAUGAUAAGUGGAUCACUCCAAAGGCCAUUGAGAUUGGUGGUCCAAAGGGUUUUGGCGAAGACUUUGAGAACUUGGAGUACAAACCAAUUGGAAAGUUUGCUCCAACAAUCCCUGUUGCAACAGAAUUCAACUCUUAAACUAGGUGAAAUACAUUCUAUCUUUUU